AUGUUGGCAAAAUGGCCCGGUUACACGCUGACGGGUGGUAACCCUAUGUAUCCGGUGCUGCGCGUGUGGAACACGAGUAACGUCAUGUCGCUGAACGUGAACUAUCGCCUGCCGGUGACGGAGAGCAGCCCCGACUGCACCACCGUGCCCGAGCUCGGCAAGGCCGUCACCUGCCCCGCCAUUUCCAUCCAUCGGUCCUACGGCGUGCAGAUUGGCAAGGGCAACAUCUUUGGGCGAGUGGACGUGCUACGCAGCAUGGACGUGCGCCUGGACUCACUCUCGGUCACCGGAGUGGCUUCCUUUAUCAAGUCGCCUGGGGUGAUCCGAGUGGCCCUGUGUGGGUACGGGCCGGGACUUCUCAAAUCCAACAUUGUCAUCUCCAACAAUGAGGUGUACGGGGUGAACACUCCGAUCCUCUUGCACAGGGGAGCAGUUGGUGUAACCGUCAGGAACAACUACGUGCACGACUUCAUAUUCGCUGGAAUCAAGUGCGGUGCCGACGUGCAUUACAGCUUUGCGUGCAUGCUCAGUCGCUUCAACUCCAACCUUGUGGUUUCCUCUGGGAGGAACCUGAACGGGGAUCACGACUCGGCUGGGAUCGACUUCUACACGCACUGGUUCGGUCCGGGGAACUCGGCGCUGUGCAACUACGUGUUCAACGGCGAUCACUGCUACUAUCUGGACCAUUGCUCGUCGGGCGUGCUUGUCAGGGGAGGCACGUGCGUGAAUAUGUAUGACGGCAUGAAAGUGAACAACGGCAAGCGGAACGUGAUCGAGAACGUGGCGAUGAAAGGCACGCGGGGGUCGCUGGGAUGGACGUCGUGCUUCACAGUGACCGUCAACAACUGCCUCAAAGACCCCGGCAACUACUGGGAGGCCAUGCGCGUGAAAUACUACAACAGCGCCCGCAUCAACCGGUGGCGUUAA